AUGGGCCUGCUACACGCAGUACGGGGCCUGCUGGUUCAGUACGGGACACCCCCGUACUCACUGGAAACUCUUCUUCAACCUUCUUCCGAGCAUCCACACCUCAUCGUGCAACCAGAAAUAGCUCCAAAAAUACUGAAAAUCACUCAAAAACUCAUCAAAGCACGAGUUGGGAUCGAUUGCUCUGAUGAAUGGUGGGAGAGAAAAAUCAAGGAGAAGCUCGAAGCGAAGAAGUUUCGUAAUAAGGCAAUACAUCCCUCUAUUGAAGAAGAAUGGGAUCGUCUAUUUGGAGACACAAUUGCUACUGGAUCAGCUUGUGUAGCGCCUUCCGCCACUCAUGAAUCUUUGAACAAUAAAGAGCCUGUGAACAUAGAUGAUGAUGAAGACAAUGAGGAGGAUGUGAAUUUAGUGGAUGGAAAUGAUACUUAUUCAACAUAUUCUCAGUACACUUCUCGGUUAGAAGGCUUGGAACAGGAAGAGAAUGGUUUUUGGAAUGAUUUCGUGGCUACAGUGAAUGGUAAUGAUCCGAGUCAGCCACCAAUUCGGGCCAGCUCAACUCCUAAUAUUGUCUCUAAAGGUACUCAAUCAAGUAAAUCGACCUCAAUGUCCACUAAAACCAAAGAAUUGAAGCGCAAAAGGAGACAAUCCGGUGGAUCUGUAAUGAUUAAACAUCACUUAGAUCAAGUAAAUGAAUUUCAUUCUAAUGUUCUUGGAUUGCUUAAACAUGGUACGCCCAAAGAUAGUGAGAAUUCAAAUGGAGCAAGUGUACAAUCAGUAAUUGAUACUAUGAACGAUUUGGCAACUAAUGGUGGGAUGGAUGAGGGUGGUGAACUAUGGUGCCAUUCGAUUUGUGUGCUUCGGGAUUCCGUGAAUAGAGAAAUGUUUCUAAAGAUGGACAAUGAUAGUGCUAGGCUUUCUUGGUUGAAGUUUAUGCAUGCCAAGAACAUUUUUUAAAUUUUAGAAAUAGUCAUUCGUACUGGUGAAUUGGUUUUAUCUUAUAUAUGCUUCUAGUUUUAUUACAAAUAUAAUUUUUUAGACAUUUUAUAGCUUAUGUGUUUUUUGGACACUUUAUGUGAAUUUAGCAAUAUUAAUUUUAUUUGGC